GCGGAAGUGUGCGCGCCCGGGCCGCAGCGAAGCCGGGCUGAGGUUCCCGUGGCUGGCAGCUGGAGGCUCUUCCAGGUCUGGGCGCGGGGACACCGAGGCCGCCGGGGGACGGAGCCAUGAGGCGGCCGCGGAGCCUGGCGGAGUCUCGAGGUUGACUGCCCGCGACGUCGUCUUCCCGCGACGCCGCCUCCUCCAGGCAGCCGCGCGCCCCCACCGGAGUCUCGCGCCCUACGGUCGUCCCGGCGCCUCGGACCCGGGCUCCCGGGCCCCAGACCUCGCGCUAUGACCGCGGCCGCCGCCUCCAACUGGGGGCUGAUCACGAACAUAGUGAACAGCAUAGUAGGGGUCAGUGUCCUCACCAUGCCCUUCUGCUUCAAACAGUGUGGCAUCAUCCUGGGGGCCCUGCUCUUGGUUUUCUGUUCUUGGAUGACGCACCAGUCCUGCAUGUUCUUGGUGAAAUCCGCCAGCCUGAGCAAGCGGAGAACCUACGCUGGCCUGGCAUUGCACGCCUACGGAAAAGCAGGGAAGAUGCUGGUGGAGACCAGCAUGAUCGGGCUGAUGCUGGGAACCUGUGCUGCCUUCUACGUUGUGAUUGGUGACUUGGGGUCCAACUUCUUUGCUCGGCUGUUUGGGUUUCAGGUGACCGGCACCUUCCGUGUGCUCCUGCUCUUUGUGGUGUCCUUGUGCAUCGUGCUUCCACUCAGCCUGCAGAGGAACAUGAUGGCCUCCAUCCAGUCCUUCAGCGCCAUGGCCCUCAUCUUCUACACUGUUUUCAUGUUUGUGAUUCUGCUCUCCUCUCUCAAGCACGGCCUCUUCGGGGGGCAGUGGCUGCAGCGGGUCAGCUACGUGCGCUGGGAUGGCAUCUUCCGCUGCAUCCCCAUCUUCGGCAUGUCCUUUGCCUGCCAGUCCCAGGUUCUGCCCACCUACGACAGCCUGGACGAGCCCUCGGUGAAAACCAUGAGCUCCAUAUUUGCCUCCUCCCUCAAUGUGGUCACCACCUUCUACGUCAUGGUGGGCUUCUUCGGCUACGUGAGCUUCGCCGAGGCCACCGCGGGCAACGUGCUGAUGCACUUCCCCUCCAACCUGGUGACCGAGAUGAUCCGAGUGGGCUUCAUGAUGUCGGUGGCAGUGGGCUUCCCCAUGAUGAUCCUGCCCUGCAGACAGGCCUUGAACACGCUGCUUUUUGAGCAGCAGCAAAAAGACGGGACCUUUGCCGCUGGCGGCUACAUGCCCCCUCUGCGGUUUAAAGCGCUCACUCUCUCGAUUGUGUUUGGAACCAUGGUUGGUGGAAUCCUGAUCCCAAAUGUGGAGACGAUCCUGGGCCUCACGGGCGCGACGAUGGGAAGCCUCAUCUGCUUCAUCUGCCCGGCUCUGAUCUAUAAGAAAAUCCACAAGAACGCCCUUUCCUCCCAGGUGGUGCUGUGGGUCGGUGUGGGCAUCCUGGUGGUCAGCACAUACAUCACCCUGUCCGUGAAUGAGGAGACCCCCAUGGACUUGGCAAAGGAAGCCCCCGGCAACCCGCUUGGAGAGGCCGAGGGUGCCAUGAAGGUGGAGGUGGCCCGGCUCCCAGGCCAGAAUCCAGUUGUGGACGUAGCCGGGGAUGGCCGAGAGAAGCCGAAGCUGCCACGUGAGAAAGAUGAGAUGGAGCAGGCCCAGAUUAAAGGCCCCGUGAACGUGCCCCAGAGGGAAGACGCCGAGGAGAAGCAGGAGGAAGUGCAGCUGGAUCGGCCCGGGCAGGGCAUUGCGGUACCUAUGGGUGAGGCCCACCGCCACGAACCCCCCGUCCCUCAUGACAAGGUCAUGGUGGACGAAGGUCAAGACCAAGAAGGACCAGAGAAGGAACAUCCAUCCAAACACAUGAAUGAAAAGGCUCCUGGGGGCAAGGGUCAGAGGGAGCCUCCUUUGCCGGAUUCAGAAAGAGGGAGACCUGGACAGGACCAGGCCUUGGAGGCAGCAGGUGGUCUUCCUGAAGAUCCUCAGAAGGUUCCAGAAGAAAAUGGCCAGCCAGCUGUCGAGCCUGUGAAGAAGGAGCUGGGGCCAGGCGACAGGGGUGUGCACUUACAGCCCCAGGCGGUGCCCCCCGAGGAGCAGGAUACCCUGGUGGCAGUUGCCAGGGAGAGAGCAGACAGUCUCCCCCUGCCAGUCCAUGCCGCGGGGGCGAUGGGCCAGCCGGCAGAGAAGAACGAGCCUGGUGGGAAGGCUCCCCUCCCGGUGGGUGCCGGGCCGCAGGCAGAGCUGCGAGAGCAGAAGAACGUGGAGGGGCAGGUCGGAGAGCACGCUGGCAGCAAGUUGGAGGCUGAAAUCAAAAAGAUAGUGGCAGAAGCUGGCAGGGCGGAGAUGCUGGACCACGCCGUCCUGUUGCAAGUGAUAAAAGAGCAGCAGGUGCAGCAGAAGCGCCUGCUGGACCAGCAGGAGAAGCUGCUCGCAGUGAUCGAAGAGCAGCACAAGGAGAUCCACCAGCAGAGGCAGGACGGCGAGGAGGUAGAUGCACAGCCCGAGCCUGGGGUGGCUGCAGCCAGAGGUAAGGAGCAGGAGGCCCACGACGGAGGAAUGGUGGAGCAGCCCCCCUUGCGGCCUUUGGAACCAGUACUCGGAGCUCCUGGGCAUCCACCUGCUCCGCCCCAGGGGCACGGCCAGCGCUCUGUGGAGGAGCCCGAGGGGGCCGCAGGCAGAGCCCGAGCUGGUCCUCCCGGCGGUGGGGGCGCUGACAAGGAGCCCCAGGCAGCCCAGGCUGAGCUGAGGGAAGGUCGGCAGGGCGCUGUCCCCGAGGCGGCCGGUGCUGGUGUGCAGGAGCGGGUCCCCGUGCCAGACCCUGCCGGGGUGCCCAGGAGCCCAGGGGAGCGCAACGCUGGGGAAUCCCCCAGGCAGAGUCGGCACGCUUUUGGCGGAGGCUCCCACGAAAGGAAGAAGUCUGGAAAGGAGGCGGCAGCUGCUGGUGCUGACAGUCAAGCGGCAGAUGUGUUGGGGGCAGGGGCAGAGACUGGGGACCGUCACGUGAAGCCCCAACAAGUGGGCCAAGACCGGGGACCUGCAGGCCUGUCCAGCAGGUCAGGAGGAGCAGCCCCUCGGGCCCAGGCCGAGUUACGUCAGCCAGAGCACCGGGCUGUCUCUGCCGGGGGUCAGGGCGCACAGCAGGGCGGUCACGCAGAGGUGGGACAGAAGACCCUCGGCAGGGACCAUGUGCCUGCUCCCGGGGAGGAUACUGCUGUCCAAGAGCCUGAGCAGAGGCCAGACCCUGAGCUGGGGCCCAAGCCAGCCGUCCCCGGUGCUCAGAAGCCAGACAAUGCCAAACCCAACCGAGACCUGAAAGUCCAGGCUGGCUCCGAUCUUCGGCGGAGACGGCGGGAGGUGGCUCCUCUUGCAGAGGCAGGGCCAGCUUCGAAGGACAGGGUCAUCAUCAGCUUUAACCCCCUGCCUGAUGUGCAGGUCAGCGACCUCCGUAGUGCCCUGGAGAACCAGCUCCACCAGGCCGCAGGGGGUGCUUUGCGAGUGGUCCACAGCCGCCAGAUCAAACAGUUGCCCCUGGCCCUGGAGGAGCCCUGAGCGCCCACUGAUGGCCACCAUUCUCCUGGUCAGCUGGUCUCCCCUGGCAUGCCCAGGCCACCAGCAGACCUGGACCACGGUGGGCACCGAAUUCUGGAGGUCACGCUCCGUUGAAGCCUGAAAGAUGUUUAGCUGCAGCCUCGUUUUCCAGAAUGGUUUUUGCCAUCACUGUGGCACCUCUGUAACUCCCCCAGGUGACUGAGCUCACCACGGCCAGGAGGAGAAACGGCUGCUCUGAGACUCUGAGGAGAUGUGGCAUCUGUAGGGCCUUGAGGUCUGUGACCUGCCACCUACGCUCUCUCUGAGACAGGUGGGUCCCGUGCAGCUGGGGGAGUGGCUGCCGUCACUGAGCGGGAUCAUGUGAUUGAGGUGUCGGUGCCCUCAAGUGCGGGCACAGUCCCGGCACAUGGGCUGCUCUGAGGACCAGCCGUCCGGCCCCAAGUGUCCAGUUACUCCGAGUUUUAACUCUUUAUCUAAGGUUGUCUACAAGUGUGGUAGAAAACCUUAACAAACAUUCCCCCUCACUCUGCUCCGUACCCCAGGGGCGCGGGUGUCAGAAAGCUGCUGGCGCCUGCUCACCUCCACCUCUUCGUGGUCUGCUCCACUCGCCACAUGCUCCGUGGGUCCCAGUCACGUUAUUGAGAUUAAAAAAAAUACCACCACUGA